UCCUUCUGUGAUUGGAUGCAGGCGAGGUUUGUGGGGAGGUGAUGGGUGGUCCUGCCUCCUUUAUAAGAGGAUGCUGCGGGGACUCAGGUGCUUUACCUGCUCACCUGUGCAGCCGGACUCGGUGUCGUUGUUGUGUUCGGUUUGAGGGUCGGAAAAGCCCCAGCAUGUCUGCGUCCAGAGACUACAGCAGCCAGUCGUACAGCCCCGGCAGCGGGGGCCCCGCCAGGAGCCAGCCCAACAACAAGCUGGACCAGGCCGGGAAGUCCCGGGAGAAGGACGACAUGGUCGGACUCAACGACAAGUUCGUCCAGCUAAUCGACAAGGUAAAAAACCUGGAGGAUGAGAAGAAAAAGCUGGACACUAAACUGAAGAUCCUGAAGGAGCAGGAGGACUAUGAUGCAAAAGUGGAUGAUAUCGUGAAGCAGGUGCAGGCUGAGCUGGAGCAGCAGAUCGAGAGCUUGCUCCGCGACCAGGACAAACUGCAGGAUGAUCUAGUGAAGAUCCAGGACAAGGUGGACGACACCAAGAGGAGUUAUGAGGAUGAGUUGUCCGCGAAAGCUGAGCUGGAGAAUGACUUCAUUGUCACCAAAAAGGAGGUAGACGAGGGACACCUGGCAGCAGUAGAUCUGGCCUUGGACCUGGAGGACCAGAUGGGAAAGCUGAACUUCCUCAGGGCUGGCUUCGAUGAGGAGAUCAAGGAGCUCCAGUCGCGAGUCCAGAAUGAGACGGUGAUCAUUCGCGAUUCUAACAAACGGUCCCUGGACAUGGAUGAGAUCAUCAAGACCGUGGAGGCUCAGUAUGCCAACAUGGCCUCCCGCACCAGAGAAGAAGCAGAGCAGUGGAACCAGAGAAAGAUGGAUGCCUUGGUUUUAAAUGUGGGGCAGCGGGAGCAGGAAGUGCGUGACAUAAAGAGGGAAGUCUCAGACACGGUGCGCAUCAUCCAGAGGCUCAACGUAGACCUGGAGGGUCUGAAAAGAAAGGAAGAGUCCUUGAAGAAGGAAAUCGACAACUUGAGACACGACAGUGAGGCAAACCUGGACCAGGCCCGAGACAACAUCAACCAGCUGGAGGAGGCCUUGAGGAACACCAAGCAGGAGCUGGCCAGGCAGAUUCGUGAGCACCAAGAGCUGCUCAAUCUCAAGCUGGCCCUGGACAUUGAGAUUGCCACCUAUCGUAAACUCCUGGAGGGAGAGGAGCAGAGAAUGAAUGACCGCAUGCGCUCUGCAGACGUUCACCUGCCAGAGAAGCUACACCGACCAGAGAAGCUACACCGACCAGAGAAGCUACACCUGCCAGAGAAGCUACACCUGCCAGAGAAGCCGCCGGCUGCAGAUCCCAUCGACGCCCCAGCGAUCACCAUCGUCCCGGACACCAUCAUCCCCCCAGACACGACUGUAAUCUCCCCGGCGUUCCCCAACCCCAAGAAGCGCCUGUUGAUCCGGCUUGAGGUGGAGUCAGGUAGAAUUAUAUCUGAAAGCUCCCAAUACUUUGAUUGACUGAGCCAUUGAACCACCUGCAGCAUUACAAAAUAUAUCCACAAAAUGUGAAUUCAUUUAGUCAAAUACAGCUAAAUUAAGUUAUUUUAGUGCACUGGCUUUUAAAUUAUUAAUCCAUCAUAAUCCGUUGCAUGCUUUCUGGUUUUGUGAACAGCUUCAUGGCAGGUUGAAUGUUUUCUGUGCUUGUAUUUGUUUACACCCUUUGAAAUGGGUUUCUUGUCUUUGUGUGAAUGUGUAAAUCUUUCUGGAGGUCCAGAGUUUCUCCUUCAUGCUUCCCUCGGAGAUGUCAGUGGCACGAAAAGGGAACACGAGUCUGUGUUUAUAACGCAGAACUCACUUCAUAAAGAAAGGGAAAUUGUGGGUUUGAGCACUUGCUUAAAGGAGCGUUUCGUUUCCGUUCCGUUGGUUCCGAUCACUUCCGUAUCUGGAGGGCGGUAGCAGAGAUGUUUCCUGGCUUCACAAGAUGCAAAGCUGCUCAGAUUGUCACUUCAAACGGCCAAAGUUCUGUCCUUUAGCUUUGCAAAAUGUUGUAAAUUGGCAUUUGUUUGCAAUCUUUAAACCCUGUCUGGUGGCUCAUGUUAUCUGCUGUUUGAUACCUCAAAUAUGCCAAAUGAAUAAAAAGAUAAAUAAAAUCAUGUUAUGAAGUUUUCUGUCAAUAAAUAAGGCAACCUGA